AUGCAAAUGACAGAACGUUGCGCGGCCCGGGACGCCGGGGCGUCCCACAGGGGCGCCCCGCGCAGAGGUUUUUGCCCAAAAGCCCCGCCGUUUGCUGGCCUCCGCUGGGAGCGGUUCCCAAACCCCAAACGCAGGCACCCAGAGGGCUCUGCAGUUCGGAAAGCCUCGGGUCCGAACAUACGGUUUGGUGGCAACGGACGGACCACUGAAGCCUCUUCUCAGUCCAUGUUAAAAACCCCGAUGAAGAAGCGAAGGGGUUUAUGGUGUGUGGCAAGACCUGGGAAACCUCCAUACCCAAGUGCCCUCGCUCCCCUGUUUGGCUGCAAGGCUGGUGUGUGGAACCUCGGCACUGGCAAUGGAGGUCACCGCUCCCACCUCGCUCACGGGGCCUUGACCCAGGACCCUCGAGAGAGGGAGGUGAGCAGCACUGCCCCCAGAACCACUCCUGGCCAGGACAAGGGGAAGACUGAGCAUCUGGUAGCCUCCCAAAGAGGCCUCCCACUGAGACAGACCAAGGAGAUGGAUCAUUUCAUGAGUCCUCGCUUUGUGAAUGAUGAUGACUUGAAGGACAGCAGUGGAAGGGUCCGUGUUGUAUUAUGCAAGUCAGCUGAAAAGAAAAUACAACAGAGAAAAAUGAGAGAGAUGGAGCUUUUGGAGAAAGAGAGAGAAAAGGAAAAGUCCUUGCAGCUCCCUACACAGAGAGUUGACCCCAGGAAUGCAGCUGAAGAAAGCUUUAGCCUACCACCUGUCAACGGGACCCUUUUCAAUGUGCACAGAAAGCCUGCUGCUGCCUUGAAGACACGAAUAUUGAAGAAGCAGGUCAACGUGCCCCUAAUGCCCCAGACACCCAACAUCAACAUGGAUGGCAGCUUCCCACACAACUUCUCAGUGAACUCACAGAUGGCCAUUGGUCUGGAGCGCAGAGAGGAGCCAGGAUGUGGGAAUGCCCAGAAAGGCAGACCCUCUUCUGACCCUCAGCAGCUGUUGCUCAGUGCACUCGCAUGGCUCAGCAGCGACAACUGGGAGCUGAAGGAGAAGGGACUCCUCAGCAUCAAAUGCCUGGCUAUCUCCCAUUCAAAAGUCCUUCUUUGUAGACUUCGUGAGGUUUCCUUGGCAGUCACCAAAGAGGUGACCAGCCUCCGCUCGAAGGUGUCUCACUCUGCAAUCGUUGCUCUUGGAGAGCUCUUUGUGACCUUGAAGAAGGACAUGGACUCUGAGGUGGAUGAGGUUGCUCAGGUCUUGCUCCAGAUGGUUUGGAACUCCCCAGAGUUCAUUCAGAAAGCAGCCAGUCAGACCCUGGGUGUCAUGGUGGAGAAUGUGACUCCUUCACGAGCAAUGACUGCUCUCAUGGACAGCGGAGUCCAGCAUCGCCAUGUCCUGGUGCGGAAGUGUGCAGCCAAACACCUGCUGACAGUGAUGGAGAAGAUUGGAGCCAAGAAACUGGCAGCCACACCCGUCAGGGCCGAGAAGCUGGUGCGCCUGGCGGUGAAGCUUGCUCAGGACUGUCACAAGGACACACGGUAUUAUGGAUGGAAGAUGCUGCAUAUGUUGAUGAGUCAUCAAAAAUUUAAUAGGCUUUUGGAACAAUCUGUUUCCACACGUGACUUGAAAGAUAUUCUGGCAAGAAUUAAGAAUAAAGGGAUAGAAGACCAUGAAGGUGAGCCUCCACCAGUUGAGAACCCCAGGAAGAGGAGGAACAAUGGCUUGAUGCCCCAGGCUAGAAUGCCUUCUUGUGGAGGUUUGGAGUCUACUUCUGAUGUACCCUUCUUACACCGUUCAAAAGUUCAUCUUAUGUUACUUCCAACUGUAGAAGAAACAGAGCUGCUCCAGAAGCUUUAUGAUCUCCUGACUGCCAAAGAGUUUCAGAUACGAAUGGAGGGAGUGGCACUCCUCCUAGAUCUCUGCAAAAGCAGCCCCAGGCUCAUCUCCAAUAACAUUGUCCAGAUUUUUGAUUAUUUUGUCUUGAGGAUUUGCGAUUACAACAAGAAAGUGAAGCAGCAGGCGCUGGAGGCGCUGGCUUUGAUGAUAGCCAUGCUCAGAGAUGCCUUAAACCCAGUGCUGAUCCGUCUGGUGGAAGCAAUCACCAACAAUCUGAACUCAAAGCACUUGGGGAUUUAUGGUGCAGCUGUGAAAGCACUGGAAGCAUCCAUUGCUCACUUAGAUAAAGUAUCGGUGCUGAAAGAGUUUAGCAACCGAAUGAGUCAACUGAGUGGCCAAGCUCUGCUGGAUGUCACCGAACGUCUCUCAGUGCUUGUGGCACGUGUUUAUCCCAGGAGCCCUGAAGUUGUCCAGCGCUACGCGCUGCCCGUGCUCUGGUCCUUCCUGGGGAACAAGGUCCCGCCCGUCCGAAGCGCCAACGUCAGGACUGUGGUCGCCAAGCUUGCAAAGGCCCUGCAUGAAGCGAUGGGCUCCAAGCUGAGGCAGCACGCUGCCAGCCAGCCCCAGAACGUGGUGAAAAACCUCUCCAACAUUUUGGGCUGGAAUGUCAGGUGAAGGCUGGGUAUGCUCCUGGAAGCUGGCGAAGUGCUGAGUUGGACAGGUGGAGGCAAAGGUGGACGUGGCGGCAGCAAUAGUUUUAUUCUGCACGUCUGAAGAACAAGGGGCUUAUCCUAUAGACUUUAUAGCUACAGAUGUACAUAGUAUUUUGAUAUUUAGAUGUAGUUUGGAAUAAAUGUGU